AUGUCAAAACUUAAAUCAAAUAAAAAGUUAAAAAAGACAUCCACCAACAAAAAUAAAACCAAUGAAAAAAACAAUGAAAAAACUAAGGAAAAAAUCAACGAAUAUAAAACCAAAAAUAAUAAAAUUAUGGAUUCUACUGUAAAUGAGAAUACUAUAAAAAAACCAAAUUGCCGUCCAGGUCGUUUAGUUCGGGUUGGUAAAACUUGGGUAAGGAUUAAUAAUAAUAACCUUUCUGUCAUUUCUUUACAUGAAGAACUUUCAAAACUUCCAGUCUCAUCAUCAAAAACUGUAACGUUAUUACACGAAGAAAACACUAAUAAUAAUAAUGACAAAAACGAAAAGGGUUUAAUUUUAAAUGUUGAAAAUGUCAUAAAUGAGAAUAAUCUUAACAAAGAAAAAAAUGUGAUAAAUUAUUAUUCUUUGUCAACUAAAUUAUCGGAUAAUAUCAUUUCUAAACAAUUGAAAGGAAAAGGACGGGAAGUCGAAUGUAAACUUUCGCAAAAUACAUUUCUUCCAGUAGGUUAUCAAUUAGCAGAAGAAAUAUUUUCAUAUUUAGAAGUUGAAGAUUUAGUAUCAGUAAGUUUAACAUACAAACCAAUUUAUAAAUUUAUCACUUUAAGUACCAAUCUUUGGAAAAAUCUUUAUAAACAAUUUGUCUCGAUCAAAAUAAACAAAAUAAUGGAACCAUUAACAAUGUUACAAACUUUAACAAAUAAUAAUUUAAAACCAUCAAUUGCUUGGAAAAAUCAUGUUUUUAGUCGAAUCAAAUAUCGACCAAUAUAUUUAUCAUAUACUUAUUUAGAUUCAUCAAAUGAUUUUAUGAUUACAUUUCCAGGAGCUUCUUAUGAUUAUGAUACAAUAUAUACGGAAGUCCAAGAAUAUGUAAUUGAUGAAGAUGAACCAACAAGUAGUUCAAAUUGUAAUUCACCAAAUUUUAAUUCAAGACCACCACAAUAUAUUAAUAAUCGUAUUCGACGAGGAAAUCAAGUUUUAUUUGAUGAAAUACAAAAUGGAUUUCAAGAUCAAUGGAGAAUUGCUAUUGAAAAAGUAAAAUGUGAAAUGAUAUCACCUUUAAAAUUAAAAGAUGGGGAUGAUAUAUUUGUAGUUUAUAAUUAUUCAGAUACAAAGAAACAUCCUUAUACAUUUGAAAUUUUAAAAAUAUUUGAUAAUAUUAAUGAAGCAAUUAAAUUUGCUAAAGAAAUGAGUGAUGAAUUAGAUGGUGGUGAUGUUAAAAAUGUUGAACAUAGAGGAGAAAUAUUUGAUAGUAAAAGAAAAAAUAUAUUUUUAGAAAUAAAUGAAUCAAAUGAAUUGAGAGUUUCAGUGGAUAAAGUAAAAUUUUGGAAAAAAGUACAUAAAAUUCCCAACUUCUUGCAUUAUGACAAUGAAAAUGGUAAAGACAAAAUUAUUGAAACAUGGAAACAAAUGGGAUAUGUGGACAAAUCAUUUUUAUUAGAAGCAUUACAAAAUAUUGUAGAUACUUCUUCACCAUCAAUUUUGGAAGAUUUAAGUUUAUCAGUCGAUAAAAAUAAAAGAUUUAAAAUAAGAGAAGAAAAGUUAGAAAAGAUAUAA